AUGAUCCGAUCAAGUGAAGCAGCCGCCAUGAAGCGGAGAAGACUAAACGUGGAUUCGCCUACUCAGGGACUUGUAGAUGCUGACUAUAUAGUUCUCAAUGUGGUGAAAAGUAAAAAGAAUCAGGGUAUCUUGAAGGCAGGGGUGAAAAAAGAGGCAAACAUAGCACCAAUUGUUGUGGAUAAAUCCUUGAAGUUACUGGUGAAAAAGAAGUUGAUAAAAAAAGUCGCAAAUAUACAAAGUAAGGGAUCAAGGGAUCCUUAUUACAUGGCUGUUGAGUUUGAACCUUGGGAUGAACUGACUGGUGGUGCGUGGUACUCGGAGGGAAAUCUUGACAAGGAAUUCAUCACAGUUCUUAGAGACACUUGCCUCAAGGUCAUACAAAUGCUGAAAGUUGCUACUGCAGAGGGAAUCCACGAUUUCUUGAAGAAAAGGAAAGUUGUUGAGUGCACAAGUCAGCAAAUCGCGGAAAUAUUGAAAUCUAUGGUUCUGGACAAUGCUGUUAUAGAGGUAAAGAGUAUUGGAUUGGGAGAAUAUCAUUCUAUUCCUGUUGGAUCAGUAUGUUAUCGAACUGCAAGCGGAGUUGCUCUAGAGGCUGAUCCAAAAACAAUCGCGCCAAUGGCUUCAAUUCCAUGUGGUGCUUGCUCUAGGAUUAAUCAAUGUACACCAAAUGGAGUUAUAUCCCCACAAACCUGUGUCUACUACACUAAAUGGUUGAACUUUGAAUUUUGA